AUGGCAUCUGCCAUUCUCGGGACAGCAAUGACAUCAAUACAGGACGAAAUAUUCAACAGCGUCCUCUCAGGAGACGUAGAAGACUUGCAGCAGGUUCUGGAAAGUUACGAUGCUGCCGAAGAGUCAGAGGAGAUCAAUUUGUUUGGAAAAGUGGACGAGAUGGGAAGAAAUGCCCUUUUGGUCGCUUCCAUGCUCGGAAAGAGCAGCGUUGUCCGUGAACUGGUGAAACAUGGCGCCAAGUUGGACGAGCAAACCGUCAGAGGAGCUGACUUAAAGGCCAAGACCUUCAGAGAGGAGACACCUCUGGACCUGGCCAAGAGAUACUCCCAGACAGACUGCGUUGACCAUCUCACACAGGCUGAAAAGGAACUGGAAGAUCUUAUCGCUGCCGCAAAUGAUCCUACAGGCACAAAGGAGACUGAUGCAGCAAGUCACCUCACCCCAAGAUUAAAGCAAAGGAAAAGCACAGCUAAACGCUAAGUUUAGCUCCUAAUUUUAAGAACAUUAAUUAUAAACACAGUAAAAUAUUGGCAUCUAUCCGUCCAUUGUCUAUACCUGCUUGCCCCUGCAUAGUCACAGUGGGAGCUCCUAGCUCCAGUGGUCAUUGGGUAAGAGGCGGAGUACACCCUGGACAGGCUGUCAGUCCAUCACAGAGCAAUACAGAAGAAACAGCGCAGGGACAUUUUAGAGAGAGCAACUAAUCUAACAGUCGUGUUUGUGGACUGUGGGAGAAAGCUUGAGUACCAUGAGUACACACACAUGCAUGUAAAUAUAUAAACAAGAUUUUUACUAAAAUAUUUGCUUUGAACACACUUUAAAACAGCAAAGAAAAAUGUGAUUACAGUUAAGAGUGCCUUUCAUAAUUAUUCAUCCACAUUCAAGUUUGUCCCAUUUUACCCACAAACUUUAUUGUUGUACUUAAAAAAAACAUAUGGUUUUCUUUAAAAAAAAAAAAAAGUAAAAAAAAAUCUGGAAAGUGUAGCAAACUUCUCUUGAGCCGAUUUGUGUGAACAUGACUGUUUAAAUCUGGAUAAGAGACAUUUAACAAAAAGAAAUCAGAGUAGACAGCUCUUCCUUUCAUGCACACAGUUUAUUGGAAAUUCACAGAAGCAAAAUGAAUUACUCAUGGAAACUGUACAUACCGUUUACCAAAUGAGAAAAAAAAAAAGUCAGACCAAAAACCAGUCUACAGUCUUUUUUAAAACCAUAGGGUUGUCAUUCACACUUUUACUUUAUUUUAAGUUCAGGAACACAUUAAAAGCCUGCAUGAUUUUUAUAUCUAGCUUUCAUGCUGCUUAAAAGCAAAAUAGUCAGCUCAAGCAGAUUUGCAGGUUGAUUUUUUUUUUAUGUCAUUUCUGUGGUUAAUGUAAAAUUUUACCAUAUUAUUGGAAGGAAUAGAAGACACUAUUGACAGAGAUGAAUUGUAUUUACUUCAGCAGUAACUAAAGGUUGUUCUACUUUAGCUGAUCAAAAAACCCCUUCAUGUGCUCUGUAUCGCUUCUACUUUGGCUUUUGCAUUCUUUCAAUGUGUAAAUCACCCAACUUUAAAGAGAGCAAGUGAAACACAGGCAGAGAGGUAGACACAAAGAUGUGAGAUUCCUAUAAACCCAGUAGCCAUGCAAAAAACAAACCGAAAAUGAGCACAGCUACUAAAUCCCCCAAAUCACAUUAAAAACGACAGAAGUAGUGAACACCAGAAAAUGUCUCUCCAACACCUUCCAGAUAUCCAACUACAACAUGAUGCAACUCCCAGUGUCUGGUUGGUAGGACUACUUGGAAAAAGACACAGAGGUACAGGUGGUGCUCCUUUGAGUAGUCCACGCUCACGGCUA